AUGACACCCGCCUCGAAACCAUGCAUCUUGUUCGUCCACGGUUCGUGGCAUACGCCGAAGCACUUUGAACCUAUACGAGCCAUCCUCGAAUCCAAGGGCGUCCACAGCUACUGUCCUUUGUUGAGAACGAUAGACGCUUGCCCACCAAUAAGCCCUGCUGAUGAUGCCGAGCUUAUCGGGGAGACGCUCAAGCGGUUGAUCGAGGUUGAAGAGAGGGAUGUUCUCCUUGUCGGCCACUCCUAUGGUGGUCAUGUCGCAAGCGAGGCCGCAGAUGCCAACUUCGCGAAGAGAGUGCGAGAGGCCGCUAGUCUCAGUGGUGGUCUCGUGCGAAUUGUGUUCAUCGCCGCUUUCGUGUCUCCCGUUGGCGCCACACUAGCAGAUGCCUAUGGAGGCAAACUGCCUCCUUUGUUUCCCGUAGACGAGCAUGGAAGAAUGUCGAUGAUGAACGGCGCAGCAGGACUCUAUCACGACAUGCCCGAGAAGGACCAGAAGCUAUGGACGUCAGAGCUCCGGACCAGCUCCAUGCUCUGUCCCCUGACACCGUUGACUAAAGCUGGAUACCUGGAUCACCCCCUGAGCUACUUCUUCUGUCAGCAAGACCGAGCUCUUCCCAUUGAAAUACAAAGGGCGAUGAUCAAGACUUUGAGGCAGAAGCAUGGCCUGGAAAUCGACACGGAGACUCUCGAUUCAAGCCACUCGCCGUAUCUUAGUCAGCCGGAGACCGUUGCAGAUCUGCUUGUGGAGUUGUUGAUUUAG